AAUUACCAACACACGUGGGCAACGUGUAGUGUCGUGUAGUCGCGUGGCGCGAACGGUGGACCAAAGCACAAUAGAAAAGCGAAGAAGAAGAAUAACAUUAAAAAUAAAAAAUAUAAGUCAUUAUCUCUGCAAUUCUAUAAUUUGUAUCUACGUGAAGUUCUCCUGAUUUUUGACCACGUGCUGAACUCGGAUCCGAACUUAACCUAACCUAAAAAUGGGUCGUAAAAAGAAGGGUCGAUGUGUAAAGCGAAAUAAGCAAAUAAACGUGGGGGAGAGGGAAGAGUUGGUGAAUGCGCCUCAUUCCUUUGUACUUCAUCGUGGACUGCCUGGAGAGCACAUCGUCGAGAUUACGAAAGAUUUUCGCAAAGUUAUGGAACCUUUCACAGCUUCGUCGUUGAAGGCACGCAAGAAGAAUACUAUUAAGGACUUUGUCUCCAUUGCGAGCGUGUUGCAUGUUAGUCACAUGUGCAUGUUUACAAAAACGGAACUGGGAAUGUACCUCAAGAUUUGCAAGUUGCCCAGAGGACCCACACUUACUUUCAAGAUACAUAGUUUCUCCUUAGCACGAGACGUUGUAUCCAUGUUAAAGAAGCAGCUGGUGUACGAGGAAGCCUUCAAAACUUCUCCUCUGUUGGUUCUAAAUAAUUUCAGUGGUGAGGGCAUGCACCUGAAACUCAUAGCUUCCACUUUCCAAAACAUGUUUCCAACUAUAAACCUGACUACAGUUAAUUUGAGCACCAUUCGUCGUUGUAUAUGCUUGAAUUACAACACGACGUCGAAAACCAUUGACUUCAGACACUAUGCGAUCAAAGCUGUACCUGUAGGUUUAUCAAGAGGCAUUAAAAAAAUAGUGCAAGCUAAAGUACCGAAUUUAGCCAAGUGUCAAGAUAUUUCCGAGUUUUUAACUAAACCGUCCAUGUCCGAAAGUGAAGCGGAAGAUGACGAAAGCAGUCAUGUCACGCUAUCACAAAAACUGUCUUCAAGAGGGAAUCAAGCUAAUUCCAAGAGUGCAAUUAGAUUAUACGAACUGGGACCGAGAAUAACGUUGCAGUUAAUCAAAGUGGAGAAUGGACUUCUCGAUGGUGAAAUACUUUUCCAUGAGUUCGUACACAAAACGGAAGAGGAAAAACUCGCUAUAAAAAAGAAAAGAGAUGAGAAGAAGAAAUUGAAGGAGAAAAGAAAGAGACUGCAGGAAGAAAAUAGAAAGAAGAAAGAUGCACAGAAGCAAGAAAACAAAGAGAAAUCGUUGAAGGGAAUUCAGAAGAAGAGAGAAAGCGAUAUACUGCUACAAAAACUCGCAAAGGACUCUACUGAAAAGAGUGAACUAGAAGAAGAUGACGAUGCGCAGUAUUAUCGUGAAGAAGUAGGAGAAGAACCUGAUAAAGAUCUGUUCCAAACAAAAAUUGGCACAAAGAGGCCACACAAGCAUGUAACGAGGUACAAAACGAAGAAAGCAAAACUCGACAAAUCUUCAAAUAACAUUAAAUAAUUUGUCAGCAAAGUAUUUCGAAAAUAAAAUGAUAUAUGACA